AUGAAGUACAUCAACAGUUUACUCUUUCUCUCAUAUCCAUUAUUUGUCAUUGCAGGUAAUGGUGGUUUCAUUAAAGUACCCUUUGACGUUAAGAAAGGAGCUGGUGUUCGUACUUCACCCAUUAUUAACAAAGAACAAAUGAAAGACGUUCAGGACACUGUCGAUGUGGACUUGACCCUGAGAGCCACAUUCUAUUCGGUUAACCUCAAUAUUGGAAGUAAUGGUGACAGUGUUGAGGUAUUGCUAGACACAGGGUCUUCCGAUCUUUGGGUUGUUGGUGCAGACAAUGAAGAUUGCCAAGUCAAUGGUGGACCCAACGACUGUAACCAAUAUGGAACUUUUGAUGAACAGAACUCGACCUCGUGGACGACCAAUCAACAGGUUUUUUCUAUUAAAUACGCAGAUAACACCACUGCCCAAGGCUACUAUGGUCAGGACAAGAUCGACUUUGGCGAUGGAAUGGUGUUGAGCACAGGAACUUUUGCCGUAGCAAACCAAAGCAAUGACACUUUCGGUGUUUUCGGCAUUGGCUUCGAGGCAAAUGAAGCAACUGCCAACAAAUACACCAAUAUCCCUUCUUCACUCAAAACGGAGGGCCUCAUAAAUAAGGUUGCAUAUUCUCUCUAUAUCAACUCUGAGAAUGCUACCACUGGUUCAAUUUUGUUUGGAGGAAUCGACAAUGCCAAGUAUCAAGAUGACUUGGUUCCAAUUAAUAUUGUGCAAAAUAACGGUGAAUACUCAAAAAUGCAAAUACAUUUGUCAUCUAUUAAGGUCUGCCUCAACAAUUCCUGUUCUGAUGUUGCAAACUCCCCGCUGAAUAGUUUGUCUUCUUCAUCUUCCGUUUCAUCGUCUUCUUUGUCUUUCUCAUCUGAUGAAGAUGGGGUAGUUGACACCGCUAAUGCUCCAUUCAUGAUAGAUUCUGGCUCAACCUAUUGCGAUUUUCCGAGCCAAAUUAUCACGAGCAUUGCUGAUCAAGCGGCUCCUGGUUAUCAAUAUUCACAAGCUCUUGGAGGAAACGAAGUUCCUUGUUCUCUUAAGGACGAUGGAAAUAGCCUUCAACUUACCUUUGACAACAAAAAAAUGAUUGAAGUUCCAUUCAAGGAUUUAAUUCUAGACAAGACAAACCCAUCUACCGGGGCACCAGCAUGUAUCCUCAAGUUGGGCUACAGUGACUAUUCUGUACUUGGUCUUGACUUCUUGAAACAUGCAUACACUGUUUUCAAUCUUGACGACAAGACUAUUUCUCUAGCUCAAAUGAUUUACACUCAAGAUGAAAAUAUUUCUGCUAUUGAAUGA